CAUACUAACAUAUGCUUGGAGCUCAGCUUAAAGCUGCUGCUCGGCGCUUCCCAGCUAUAGCUCAGUUUUAUUUAUUCUGCAUAUCGAGUCGAAACUAAUUAAAACAAGUAAAAUGUUUCAAUUGCAUAUUUUGCUACUUUGUGCAUUGUUUCUGAUUGUCAUUGGUGUGGGCUGUGCUCAAAUUGCAUAUGUGGAGGAUGCGGACAUCGAUAAGAGGAAAAUAAAUCUGGAGGGCCGCAAGCCGCUUUACUCGCCUGCUCGCUGCGCCCGCUAUCAGCUCUUGUACCCUGGAGAUCAGCUUAAUGACUGGAUAUGCGAUUGCGCGCCAGCGGCGCUUUAUCAUCCGGAAACCGAUGCCUGCUAUCCGGCGUACAGGCAAGGCCCCUGCAAUGAGACUGAAAUGCUGGUGCUGUAUAAGGAGAAAAUCAUACCCGAAUGCGUUAGCAAUCCCUGUCGUCAAGAUGGUCAUUUUCUGAUACGCGACAAGUGCUUUGAGUUUGGCAACGUCAAUAACAGUAACAAUCCCUGCCCCAACAAGGAAUACACCUAUGUGCUGGGCGUCAAUCCAAAGACCCUGAUGGUCGACUGUGUGCAGCUGUCCAUGCAGCUAGAAACACGCAUUUCCGAACAGGAACCUAACCAACCAGUGGCUCCGCCCGAUUACCACAUUGAGCUGGCCGAGAAAUGCCUACGCGGCAGUCGCCUUUCCACUCAAGGGCGUUGCGCAGCUGCGCCCUGAAAGUGGGUCAAAUUAAUAUACUCAACAUGAUUUUUAACUUUUUAGUUUAUAGCAACAAUAACAACUACUUAUAUACAUGUUAAUCGCGAGAUGUUCACGAA